GUCGAGCGCAGACGGAGGAGUGAACAGAAGCUGCCGGGGAGAGUUACUGAAGACUGUGAGCAGUUUGUUGGAUGUAUCAGUUCGUCCGGAGACUUUCUGCUUCACUUUUAAGGGCAGAGUCGCGUUUGUCCGGAAGAAACUCGUGUUUGGCGGUGAGUAACAGUCGUUAAUAUUCAAAGACUCUGAUUCACUGAAGUGAAGCAGAACAGAGUCAGAGGACGAGCACGUCGGUUCUCCAAGUUCACCUGAAACACACUCAUUAAACAGGUACAUAUGGGUCAGGGGGAGGUGUCAGCUGGAGGAUUAGUGAUGGAGGGCGAUUGCCUCGGCUGUAUGAAGUACCUCAUGUUCAUCUUUAACUUCUUCAUCUUCCUGGGGGGCUCCUUCCUGCUCGGCGUUGGCGUCUGGGUGCUGGUGGACCCGAUGGGCUUCAGGGAGAUCGUGGCGGCGAACCCGCUGCUCUUCACGGGCGUCUACGUCAUCCUGGCGAUGGGCGGCAUGCUGUUCCUGCUCGGCUUCCUGGGCUGCUGCGGCGCCAUCAGGGAGAACAAAUGUCUGCUGCUCUUUUUCUUCAUGCUCAUCCUCUUCAUCUUCCUGGCCGAGCUGGCUGCUGCCGUCCUCGCCUUCCUCUUCAGGGAACACUUAACCAGAGAGUACUUCAGCCGGGAUCUUAAGCGUCACUAUCAGGGUAACAACAACACGGACGUCUUCUCGUCCACCUGGAACGCCAUCAUGACCACGUUCGAUUGUUGCGGCGUCGUCGGCCCCGAGGACUUCGAGGAGAGUCUGUUCCGUCUGCUGAACCCGGCCCAGCUGGUCCCUGAGGCCUGCUGUCAUAGGAGCAGCUACAUCAGCGUGGAGCAGUGUGUGAGUGGAGGCCCGACCUUCAGACACAACAAGGGCUGUUACUCUGCGAUGGUGGAACACUUUGAGACGUACAUCUACACAGCCGGAGCUCUGUCCAUCGUCGUGCUGACGGUUGAACUCUUCGCCAUGGGGUUCGCCAUGUGUUUGUUCAGAGGAAUCCAGUGACGCUGCGUCCUCGCCGCUCACCUUGCCCAGCCGCCUGACCCGGCUCAGACAACCUGUAAAUUAUGAAGCCUUGUUUGUACAGUGAUCACGUGUCUCGUCGGUUUUGUGACAUCGUUUGUACCUCACCGCUGCUUCACAACGACAGAAACAGGGAGUGACCUGUGACCUGAGGGGGCGGAGUCAGUCUGGUGUUUCUCCUAAAGGAAGGAUGAACAAAGGUCCUACAGAGGAUCUGCAAAAACCAAAUGCAAACUUGAGUCACAGAUUGUAGUAAACUAGAUCGUGGUUACCACCUGAUUAUAACCUGGAUUUAGCCGCCAUGUUUGGUUCUUCAGGGUCGAGGAGAGUCUGCACCGAAUGAUUCGGGUACAUUCAGCACAUUAAACUCACAGCGAGCCUCCUUCAGUCAGAUCUACGUGAACACAUCGGGCCUCAUGCAGGAAACCGUUUUUACUGUCAGGAUUAUCUGCUCCAAGUCGGAAUAAACAAAAAACAACAAUCUGUAACUCCUCCUCCUUCAGUUGUUUCAAAGUCGAUCUAAUAGAACAAUAACCUCCAACAGGGAGAAUGGCGUCUCUCUCGUGUCCACAGAGCGCCCCGCUCGCCUCUUUUCAGCACUAUGUAACUUUGUCAGCGGGUCGAGGUCGUCUGGUGAGAAGUGCGUACGUCUUUACGGCGCUAGUUCACACAGCAGCCUUCAGCUACAAAGCAGCCAGUUAGCCCGUCUCUGUACUGUUUGAUACAACGACUGAGAGAGAGAGAGAGAGAGAGAGAGCAUCAGGGAGAGAGAGAGAGAGAGAGAGAGAGUGAGCAUCAGGGAGAGAGAGAGAGAGAGAGAGAGAGCAUCAGGGAGAGAGAGAGAGAGAGAGAGAGAGAGUGAGCAUCAGGGAGAGAGAGAGACAGAGAGAGAGAGAGAGAGCAUCAGGGAGA